GCUGUGGAGGAGCCGAUGGGAGGGAUGGAGCGCAGGAAUUCAGCCCAGCGGAAGUGCACGAGCUGAGGUGCAGUGUGGGUACAUCUCCACGCGCUCUCCACAAGUUCACUCAAGCCUGGGAACACGGAUGUGGAUGUGUGACUGAGGAGCACCAGUCCUAACACUCCAGUUUGUGCCAGCACUUUUAAAUCAGCAGCAGAGUUUUUUGUUUAUUGUUUUUGUUUUUGUUUUUUUCAUCCAGAACAACUUGGCUCCAUGUUUUGGCUUUUACGCGCGUCAAUGAUCACUCCAAGGCCACUGAGUUUCUCCACAAGCUGACAUUCCCGGGGGUAGUUUUCUCUUGUUGACGUUGCAGAGACGUUGCAGGAUAUUCCCACGAUCACCCGAGGAGGUACUGGAGUUUUGUAAGAGAAGGAAAAGCUGCUGACUCAGGAAAAAGUGCUCGCCUCCUCCUCCGCGCGCAGGACUGGAGCGGCCAAAAGAGACGUGGAGGUGAGAUGAGCGCGCGUGGCCUUUUCACCUGCAGGAGACCACAUGUGAGCCGCACCAUGUUGGGGCCCUUGCUUUUCCUGUCCCUCCUCUCUGUGGUGGCCCCGGGGCCUCCUCCGUCGGGUGGAUGUAGGCGCUGCUGUGACCACCUCGAGCCACCAGAGGGAACUAGAGACCGCUCAGGGAGGUUCAGCCACGUGCCAGAGGUCCGCACCUACAUCAACAUGACCAUCCUGAAAGGUGACAAAGGAGACCGUGGAGACCGAGGGACGCCCGGUAAAGUGGGUAUGGACGGUCCCCCGGGUGCCAGAGGUCCUCUCGGCUCCAAAGGCUCCAAGGGUCAGGCCGGUGCUCCGGGCGACCCCUGCAAAGUCCAGCACUCUGCUUUCUCCGUGGGUCGCAGAAAAUCCCUCCACAGCCUGGAGACGUACCAGGCGCUGAUCUUUGACACCGUUUUUGUCAACAUGGACGAGCACUUUAACAUGUUUGAGGGAAAGUUCAUCUGUCAAAUCCCAGGUAUCUACUUCUUCAACGUCAACAUUCACACGUGGAACUUCAAGGAGACGUACCUGCACAUUAUGCUCAACGAGGCGGAGAAGGCGAUCAUCUACGCCCAGCCCAGUGACCGCUCCAUCAUGCAGAGCCAGAGCGUGAUGCUGGAGCUGGGGCUGAAGGAUGAGGUGUGGGUGCGGCUGUACAAGAGAGAACGGGAGAACGCCAUUUACAGCGACGACGUGGAUGUUUAUAUCACGUUUAACGGAUACCUGCUCAGAGCUAUUCAUUAGAACUGAUAAUACCCUGUUUUCUUUACAUGCGUUUCAUGGGAAUAGUGGGGAAUUAGGACUGUUACCAUAGCGAUUAACAGUUUAAUAACAGCUUAAAUAGAUCAUCUGGGUGGAAAAUCCUCAAAUUAUUCAUAUAACAUAAAGUUGAACCGCAGGUAGAAGCGACAAACUGUAUUUCUGGUGCUACUUUGGUGCUAAAACGUCGUCCAGACUAUUGUAUUUUUUGGAAUAUAAGUCGGACCAGCCAAAAAAACGCAUAAAAAUGAAGAAAAAACAUGUAUUAUAAGUCGCACUGGACUAUAAGUCGCAUUUUUGGGGCAAAUUUAUUUUACAAAAUCCAAGACCAAGAACAGACAUUUUAUCUUUAAAGGUUUUAUUAAUAAGAAUAAAAUAGAGAACAACAGGCUGAAUAUCAGAACAACACACGCACGGAUUUUAGUUCAGUCUUUCUCCUUUGUCUUUUAAAUGACUGUAAUGUUGAAUUUUUACAUUUUCAGGAGGAGUAGACACUGGUACAAGUGUAGAGCGCCCUCCUGUGGUUUUCAGUGUGACAAUAACGACGAUUUUUAAUUAAAUAUUUGAAUAAUUUCACAUAUAAGUCGCACCCCUGGACAAACUAUGAAAAAAGUGACACUUAUAAUCUGGAAAAUACGGGAUUUGUCCUACAUUUUCCACCACUUUUUUUUUUUUUUCCGCACUUUUGUCAUAGUUGGGGGUGCAACUUAUAAUAAUAAUAAUAAUAAUACAUUUUAUUUAUAACGCACUUUACAUUUGAACAACAAAUCUCAAAGUGCUACAGUGCAAAAAAGACAUUAAAACAGAAGACAAUUAACAUAAAAAACAGAAAACAAUUAGUGUAAAAGCAAUACUUCUACUCAGACGCGACUUUUAUGUGAAAUCUAUGUUUUUUUUCCUUAUUUAAAUGCAUUUUUUUGGCUGGUGCGACUUAUACUCUGGAAAAUACAGUAUUUGUAACUGGGUCGAUACAACAUCAGUCCAAGAAAAGAUGAUUUCAACUUGAUCAUAUGGAGAUUUGGGGAAUUGUUACGCGAUUAAAACAAAGACAUGGUGCUCAAGCCAGACAAAAACAUGUUUAUAUUGUACUGUACAGUUAUUAUACAUUAUAUUACUAUACAUUAUGACAUUAUUCUUACAAGCCAAAGUGUUUAACCUAAAUUGUGAGUAACCAGGCGAUGUCAGAAAAGUUAAAUCAGUGCAGUUUAGUUGAGUAUUUCCUGCCCGCUGUGUCCUGGUAUCUAAGGAUUUGUCUGAAGCAGCUCAAACGGGUCAGAAAGAAGUCACCGUUUUAUCUUUUCUUCUUUUCUUGUCUUAAAUAAUGAUUUCGUUUUGGCCUAAAUCUUUCAAACAUGACAUUCCCAGCUGUACUAGAUGAGACUUGUUCACUUGCAAGACUUUCUAAAAAUCCUUCCCAGAUCCCAAUGUUUUCACAACUGUCUGUUUUUCCUCUGUGGCCACUGUUUUUCCGGAUUCUUGAGCUGUUUGAAGAGCUCCCCACGGAAUAACUCCCUGCACUUCUGUAAUGUCUAUGUACUAUAAUCCUCCAGUGUUUAGAGGAACGGUGGAAAUUCACAACACUAUUUUAUGUUUGCAUAUAGUCGUACUGGUAAAAACUGUGUGUUUUUUAUUAAAAUGUGUCACUUAUUCAUU